UAACGAUUUCUUCGGCUUAUCUCACGUCCCAUUAUUCGAUCAUGGCUCAAACGACAUAAUCCACCUUGGUGCGCGCCAUGAGCGGAGUUUGGGGCCGUGGCCGUGGCCGAGGCCAGCCGGCAAAUCGGACCUCAUCCUCUCAAUCCUUCCCAGCCUUAGGCUCCGACAUCCUGGAGACGAAACCUGGACCGUCCAUUCGGCCUAAAUCCACGGCCAAUGCUUGGGAAAAAGGGGCGCCCUUGAUUGUAGAGCGAAUGAAGAAGAAGGUUGCCCCGCCCACUCAAAUAACCUCUCCAGGCCUAAAUGAGGCGUCGAGGGAGGUGCCGACCACGGUUACGGAAGCGGAACCGCUCAAGCCACAGGAACCGAGACCACCUUUGACGGAGGUGGAGCAGCAGAUACUAAGGGAUAAACGGCGGCUAAAGCGAGAAAAUAAGAAGAUCCAGAAGCGUCUGGACAAGGAGAAUGCCCAACGGAUGAAGUUGUAUCUGCCCCAGUCGUCAAAAAUCUCCAUUGUUUCUCCCCAAACCCCCAAGUCCAAGCCUAACGUCACGCUUUCCCAGCCCAUUCUAAAGUCAUCGGACUCGCGAAUCCGCUUUCAACACGAUGAGUUUCCGACAAUUGGUGACCCAGAAACAGUGAUUUCAAAGGUCGCCCAUGACACCAACACCGGAGCAAUUCUCACUGAUGCCGAAAGUGGAUCAGAGUGGGAAACGGAAAUCGAAGACGUGAUUGAGGCUGAAGGGGCUGAUCCUAUCGGUUUAGAUGAAAUGAGCGCGGAAAAGAUCGAAAUUAUAUCCGCUCCAGUGAGUUACAGUUCCAUUCUGAAGAAAACUCGUUCCGAACCUGGUGUUAGCCAAGAACCGCAUAAAAUGAAAGUGAAGCCGAAUCCUCCCACUGUAACAAGCAUCGUUGCUAAAAAAGUCAAACGAAAGGACCCCAUCACGUUUGAUUUGUCGCAGGCAUUAUCAGUCAAAAAACCUCAGCCAAAGAAAGUUUUCGCUAGGGUUGUGGCGAAACCAACUUUUAAACCCCGAAACCCCCUGGAUUCGACUGCUCCCACACAAAACCGAGGAAAGCAAAGAGAGAAACCCAAGAAGAAACGAAUGACCAAGAUGAGGCAAAUCAUUCUUGAAGAGCGGGCUCGGAGACGUUUAGAUCGAUUGACAACCACGGGUUCUCGUAUACCAUCCAUCAUACAACAACCCAUUGAUUUGGUGCCUAAGGUCAUGGCAAAUGAGUUAAAGGAUAUUGACUCAGCUGAAGAUAGGGGUGUAGCGGAAGGUAUUCUAGUCGCAAGUGGAAAGGCACAGGCAUUGAUAGAACCUGCAUCGUCGGAUAAUGCCCCAAACACAAACGUUGCUGCUCAGUUUGAGCGCUUCGCCGAAAAGCAACGAAGCAAACUACAUAGUAGAAAAUUCCGGGAGUAUUGCAAUCACACACUAAAUUCGGAGAUCGAUGCCCAAGUUCGGGCCUUGCUGAAAGACCUGGUUCGCUUUCAAGAUCGGCAGUUCUUUAAGGAUCCAAACAAUGCUAAAACUAAGCGCCGCUAUGUUGUCGGACUUCGCGAGGUUCGAAAAUUCUUGCAAGUGAAGAAGAUUGUUUUGCUGUUGAUCGCUCCAGACGUAGAACCGGUCAAGAACGAGGGUGGUCUUAACGACAUGAUAUCCAAUUUGAUGGAACUAGCCGAGGCCAGCCAUAUUCCGGUGGUUUUCACUUUGAAUCGUUGGAAAUUGGGCAAGGCAUGCGCUCGAAAAGUGGCAGUUAGUGCCAUUGGCAUCAUCAGCUACGAAGGAUGCAAUGAAGUUGCCAAAUCAAUCAUCCAGCUGGUGGGUGAGCAGAAAAAGGAAUAUGACCAAAUGCUCGAAAAUGCACUCCGAGUUUGUGAUACAGUGCCGGAAUCCGCAGCUCCAAUUGAACCAAUGGUCUUAAAUGAGGAAGAGAGAAUUCGUCAAGAAUUCAUGACCAAAAUUCGAGAACUUGCACUAGGGUAAAAAUGAAGCACAAGAGGGAGAGUUAUGGUUUUAAAUAUAUAUUUUCCACCAAGGUCAAA